CGCACCGCGAGUAUCGGGCACGCCGCGGCCUCGCUGUCCAGCCCCGCCGAGGCGAUCCUCGCCCGGCCCCGGGGCUGCUCAGCCGGUGUGGCCGCUCCAGGGGCAGCAGCCGCUCGUCGCACCCCGCGUGGGGCUCUUGGGGCUCCGGCCGUGGGGACCCGCCACAGCACGGACACCCAGCAGCGCUCUCUGAGCUGUCUCCUUAAAGCCUCGAGAAACAGCUCCUGCUUCGUUUGCCACGGGCUUCUUCAUUCAUGGCUUGGGCCAGGCACUCAUAGGAUGGACCAUCAACUCUCCUGCAGGCACUGAGGUGACUUCACAAACACUGGCUGUGAGCAAAGGUGGCACUGUCCUCGCACAGGUGGCACAUCUUCUCAGAGAAAAAGGUUUAGAGAGACAUGGAGCUUGAAAGAAUCAUUCGAGACACACUGACAUGCUUCAUCCAGUCCCACAUCCCUGCAGCAGAUCUCAGUGGGAUGGAUGAUGUUUUCUUCUCUUAUAUCACGGGUGUCCUGGAGGAGCUGGGCUCACCAGAGUCCUCUGAGGAGAAUUUUGACAUGGACACCUUUGUGGAAAUGAUGGAGGCAUAUAUCCCUGGAUUUGCAGAAAUCCACAGUGGGGAUGUUUGCGAAAUGAUGUUCUCCCUCUCAGAAAGGCUUGGUGAAGCUCGCAACAAAGAAAAACCUGGCCAAAAGGCUGUGGAAAGCAGGAGUGAAGCACCCUCUGAAGACCUCACCAAGGGCCAGGAGCCUGGAGCUGGAGCCUGCAACGGGAAAAGGCUGUGCACUGUAACAGACGGAGCCAGGGCCCAGGAAGACGAUGACUUGAAGGAUGGGUUGGAGCUGCUACUGGAGAUGUUCCCAGCCUGUACCGUGAGCCAGGCAGAGAAGGCUCUUGCCAUGGCCUUAGGGAACUUGGAGGAGGCAGUGCAGUUAAUUGUGGAGGAGAAGGUGGAAAUUGGCCCAUCAGGUGUGAGUGUGAAGGAACUGGCACGGCCCCGCAGAACACCCAACCACGAGGAACUAAAACAGGUUAUCCUACAGAAAUACAUGAUGGUGGAUAGUGCAGAUGAUCAGAAAACACAUCGGCCAGCUCCACCCAAAGAGGCUCCCAAGAAGUUGAUCCGCUAUAUCGAUAACCAGGUGGUGAGUACAAAAGGAGAGAGGUACAAAGACAUCAAGAAGCCUGAGAGUGAAGAGAUGAAAAGAACCUAUAUCAGCCUAAAACCAGCCAGGAAGUACAAGUUCCACUGACAGCCAGGUUCUCCUGCUCUUCUGCCUUCCACCUCACUGGCCAGGCAUGGCAGGAUGGACUGUGGUGCUAGGAAUGAGGGACUCCUCCACCUGCCACUAACUUGAACUAACCUGGGAGCCAGGACACUGUUUCCAGCUUCCUCAACUAACCUAGUUGACAAGGAGAAGACUUCUCUCCUUGGAUAGCUAUCCCUCUGCCCCCAGGGGCACACUGCAGUGACUCUCUGGGGCCUGGGCAUUCUCUGCUCUAUAUUGCAUGGGACAUUUUUAGAUCUGAGAUGUGGCUUGUGCUUUUGCAGCAACCUUUUUAACAAGUCUCUGUGCACUGUUGCUUUGAGUGCCAGUAUUAAUAAAGAUGAUGUGAGUUGGUGUGUA